AUGGAAGAAGGUCAUACUCACUUUAGGCAGCUGCCUGCAGAAAUUGUCUAUGAAAUCCUAUCGCGCCAAUUUAGGGACUUGAUGUCCAAUGAUCACCCUCCUAGCUCUGAAAAGUACCAUUCAAACUUAAAGAUAUUCUUAAAGAGCAAUUCAACUGUUAAUAAGAUCUUCUAUCGGGUCUCAAGGGUUUUGGUUUACAGGUAUUUGAACUUCGCUACUGCGAGAUGUUUUAAUAGAGUAUUAGAGGUUUUAAAAAAGGAUACUACAGGAUUAAGAAGACUUGUGCAAGUAGCAGACUUCCAGGAGCUAUCUUCGAUCGGAUUAGGGAGAACAGGCGAGAUGAAUAAAAUGAUCAAGAAUUUAACUAGGGAUACAUUAUAUGAGUUUUUAUUACUCACGUCCAGUAAUUUAAGGGAGUUUUUAGCAAGUGAGCAUAUUCAAGGUGAUCUGGAUGAGAGAGUCAUCUUCUUUUUAGUAAGGCCAGGGUCUUUACUAAAUGUUCUUGACUUUUGUGGGUGCUCUGGAGCCGAAUUUACAGAGACUUUCAUAAAUGUAGUUUCGAAAUUAUACGAUAAAGAAUCUGGCGAGCCGAAACAACAUAAUUAUCAAUUGACGUCUAUAGGUUUGCAUGACUGCACAGAUUUGCCUACAGAAACGUUAGGAUUAUUUUUAAGUACAGUGCCAGAACUCCAAAAACUGGAUUUGUCACAUACAUCAAUUGAUGACUACACGUUAGUCAAUGUCUUACCACACUGGAAGAACCUGUCACAUCUUUCUCUAGGAAACUGCUCUCAAUUGACCCCUAGAGGAAUUCUGGAAUUUUUUAGCUACCACCCAACUGUCACAGAUAACAAUAACUGUACGCUGCAAUGGCUAAGCUUAAAAACACAUAAGCAUACGUCCUCAUGGACUGAAACACAAACCAUGUUUUUACUGAAGAAACUAUGUCGUUAUGGUCAUAAUCUAACUCUACAAUAUUUAAACAUUGGUGGCAUGCCCCUGCACUACUCUGAGGAUAAUAAAAUUGUUAAAACCGCAUACUACUAUCAAUGCCAAGAUACUCUAACUUUUAUCAAAUGGAAUUUCCCUAAACUCAAAUCGUUAAGUAUAAGAAAAGCUAAUAUUCCAAUUCAGGGUUUAGUAAGGUUUUUAUCCGUAGAGGAUACGCUGGAUCGUGGUGUCAUUGAAUAUUCAUCUUCGCCUUCCACAACUUCGUGUACAAGAGAUAGCAUUCUCCAACAGCCCAUUCAGCAGCAACAACAACAACUAAGAUUCUUAGAUGUGGCUGGAAAUAGCUACUUGAAUAAGUGGACUGUAACAGAUUCGGCAUUAUUUACAUCAUCGGAUUCUCUUGUCGCUGUAGAGCUGCCAUUUGAAAGCUGGCAAGAAAUAGAGCGCCGCAAGGGAUCUGAAAUAACAUUUAUGAAGCCAUUGGUCAAUGGGAUUACUAAAUCUUCGAUGGUACACGACUACUCAAGAGUCGAAGAAGUUAAAUGGAAAUGUUACAUGGACGCCUCUUAUGGAAGACGAUACUGGAUAUAUAAAGUUGACGAUAUUCUAAACCAAGAUGACUUAGACCAUAGGGGCUCUAUGACAAGGUAUGAUGAACAAGGUCGCAAAAUUGUUGAAAUAAUAAGUCAACCUGACUUUCUGAAGUAUGCACAGAACAAAAUUAUGCUAGGUUGCGGAAUCGUUCCUUUAACUGGUAUUAGGCGAGAAAAGACAUAUAGGGAGAUGAGGCAUCCUCUCUCAAGAUAUAUUAGUAAGGAUGGCAAACUAUCCAUAACUGGUACAUAUACAGCUCCUAUUAGAAGACCAAGACUUCCACCUGGUAUUUGGAGAAUCAUACACAACGGUGAAGAUGAAGACCUGAAUAGCGAGCCCAUUGAAGAAGAUAUGCCCGAAAACAUAACCAGAAAUAAUAAUGAGCAAGAAUCAAGAUCCAAUAGCUUUGUUUACAGACAAGCUACUACAAGAGAUGGUUUGUACUGGGACAGGUCCGUCACGGAUCUACAACUACUAGCAGCAGCUUCAGGCACUGAUAAUACGCAUGAUAUUAUUAGCAUUAACAGUAGUAAUAUACCGGCCGGCAUUAACGAAUUUGAUCUUAACUACGAAGACUUAGAUAAUCCCGAAUUGCAAAGAAGACGUUCCCAAUUUAACCUAUUCCGUCUAUCAUCCGCAACUAUUCCAAAUGAAGAUACUAUUGUUGCUGGUUCGGAGAGGGCUUCGCUUUUAGCGAAGGCUUUAAUUAACUGGUGUCCAUUACAGCAAACCCUUCCAUACUAUAACCAAUUAUCCCAACAAAGGUCCCUUAACGGAGAAUAUCCGGAAUGGUUUUCUCCGCAAAUCAGUAAAACCUACACAGUCUACCUUCAAACUAUGGAUGAGUACGAGGUAUUUGGUUGCAUAGAAAGGGGUAUUUAUAGAUACUAUAGCUUGAAAACGUAA